UAUAACACAGCACACAGCCUGCACCAUGGAGUAUAUUACCAAACAAAAAGGUGGAAUAAUACUAAAAUAUAAAUCUUUUUUGUACCAAAAAGAACGUGAAAGUGAAACAACAGGUAAAAUCAUUUGGAGGUGUUUGGAAUAUACCACAAAAAAAUGCCGUGGACGUUUAUAUUCAUUAGGUGAAGUUGUUCUUCAUACAACCGAUCAUAAUAAUCACGUUCCCGACAUGGGCAAAAUUGAAGCAAAAAAGGCCAUCCAAAAAUUAAAAGAAACUGCAAAAAAUACGCAACUAACAACUCACUAUGUUAUGGGGACUAUAACAUCUGAAAUUACACAAAGCGCAGCGGGACAACUAUACCGAGCUUAAAUCAAUUAAAGCGUACCGUUCAACGAAUUCGAAAAAUCGAAACAUGUGCUCCACCUAUUCCAAAAUCGCUAAAUGAUCUUAAAAUACCAGACGAGUACAGGAAAACAACAAGUGGUGAGACUUUUUUACAGUAUGAUAGUGUUAAUUAUGACGGAUACCAUGAUAGGUUUUUAAUUUUUACAACUGAAACAAAUUUAAAGUUAAUGCAAAUAUGUGAACAUUGGUUAGCAGAUGGCACUUUUUCAUGUUCACCUCAUAUUUUUCAUCAACUUUGCACGAUACACGGAGUUAGUUAUUCAAAUGUCGUACCAACUGCAUAUAUUUUACUACCAAAUAAGAAAGAAGAGACUUAUAAACACAUGUUCCUUGCAUUAAAAACCUUACAUCUACAACUCAGUCCAAAAUUUAUUAUGUUCGAUGUCGAAAAAGGUGCAAUGAAUGCUGCAAAAUGUGUAUUUCCUUCAGUCGAUAUAAAGGGCUGUUUUUUCAUUUAUGUCAAAGUAUUUGGUGACAUAUUUAGUCCAACAGAUUACAGUCCAAAUAUUCUAACGAUUCCGAUUUUGCUCUUAAUUUGAGAAAACUAGCUACACUUGCUUAUAUUUCAGAAAAUGAUGUAGU